AUGGCUUCUGACCUGCCUUCCUUCGAUCUACACACCUACUUCAGAUCCUCUUGCGCCGCACGAUUGCGCAUUGCGCUCAACCUCUGGGGUAUACCCUACAACCCCAUAUUUGUGCAUUUACUCAAGAAUGAGCAAUUCUCGGAUCAGCACCGGGCACUCAAUCCUUCGCUGAGUGUACCUGUUUUAGUCGCUCACCGCGCCUCAGAAGAUGAUAUAGUCAUUCCUCAGUCGAUAGCUGCCCUCGAAUAUCUCGAGGAGAUGAUCCGAUCAACAAAUCCACAGAAUCGAGCAUUGCUCCCAAAUGAUCCACGGUUGCGCGCAAUUACCCGAAGUCUUGUCUCAAUUAUCGCGUCGGACACACAGCCUGUCACCAACUUGCGAUGCCAAAGAUGGAUUAAGGAACUAGAGGCCGAUCCGAUUCCAUAUUGUCGCAAGGCAACAGAGGCCGGAUUGGCUGCGUACGAAGCAUUAGCUUCAAAGGUAGCAGGAACUUUCAGUGUUGGUGAUGACGUCACGCUGGCGGACGUGUGCCUCGUCCCUGCCACAUGGAGUGCAGCACGGUUUGGCAUUGACAUUCAGAACUACCCCACCAUCGCACGGGUUGUUGCUAGAAUGGAAGAUGAGGAUGCAGUUAAGAAAGCCCACUGGAGGAACCAGCCAGAUACGCCGGAGGAGUUUAGGCAGAAUUAA